AUGUCCCCUGCUAGGCAUGCUAAACCAGAAACAGGGGCACACGCCUCUGUUAUGGAUGAUAUCGAUAAUCAUUUGAAUUCUACCUUGAGUAUCGACGUAUUAGGGCAAAACGAGUACAUUCAGGAUACGGGUAUCAGAAUAAAAGCUCAUUUUCAGUUGUCGUGUUUAUUGUGUUAUCUAUUUCUUUGUAAAAGUUCAGGCCAACCAACGAAUAAUAUACUUCUUGGUUAUCAGGAUAGUUUAGGUCAAUAUAGUUUUGGUUAUAGUACCCUUAACUCGGCCAGGUCAGAAGUGAAAACUGUAGACGGUGCAAUACAUGGUGUAUACAGUUACAUAGAUGAUAAUGGAAUGAUUCAAAGUACGGAAUACGUUGCGGAUAAUGAUGGUUUUCGUGUUGUCGCUACUAAUCUUCCACAGGCUCCACUUCCGGUCGAGGAUACUGCUGAAGUCAUAGCUGCUCGAAAAGAUCAUUUAAAUGCAUUUCUAAUAGCUGAACAAAUGGCUGUAAAUUCUGGAUACGGAAAUGUUAAUGACAAUUUAGAAAAGAUCAAUGCCGAUAAGGAAGAAAUCUUGACGAAAGAUAAUCAGGUUAUUUUUUUUUUUAAUGUCAAAUGA